AUGGAUAUUACUGAUUUUAAUAGAUAUGAGUGGGUUCAGCUAAUUGAUCCGAAAUCACAGCAAUUGAUGUACAUCAAUCUCAAGUCCGGCGAAUGCAGCCGAGACCCUCCUAAAAAUACAAAAUAUAAAGCUGUUUCACCCAAUCAGUGGUGGGAAUUGUUCGAUAUGAAAGUCAAAAGAAAUUACUAUUAUAAUAGUAGCACCCGAGAAACUGUUUGGGAGAAACCGGUUGAUGGUGAUAUUAUCCCUCUAGCAAAAAUUCAGUUACUACAACAAAAUCUUCAACCAUCAUCAUUUAUAAUCCAAAAAAGUAUAGAAAUUUUCACAUGGUUUCCUAGUUUUUAUUGUAUGAUAUUUUCUUGGUAAUUAUUAUGCGAUUUAUAUUCAAAUAUCUAUUUAUAUAAAAGAAUUUUUAAAGAUUAUGGAAACCUGAGCUAUCUAAAUCAUUUUAUUCCUUUAACAUUAGAUUGUAUUGCAUUACAUCACACUUAAAAGUACCUCUUGAUAAACAUCUUAAUUUGAAAACAAAACCAAGAUCAUUGAUUAUUAACUAAUUGGAGUAUGUUAACAUUCUAAUUUUA